CACACCGACACACCAAGACACCGGAACACCGGUACACCAGCGGGCCAACGCCUGCCCUACCCCUUCUGCCGUCCUCUCAAAGGCUGCUUUUUCUCGACCGAUUGGCAGAGCUCAACUGGGAGCCCGGCUGCUCAGGCGACUGGCCAUUUGCGAUACAUUCCUAAAUUGUCCAAAUUUCUUGUGUUGUUGGGUAUCGCAAAAUAUCGGUUACCAAACAAGGCCGGAAUGAUUGGUUCAUACAGAAGACGCCUUGUCUGCUCAGUCUUGGUUGGUCCAGUCUUGCAGACAACUGGUAGAGCCUGA